AUGUCGUCCGACUACUCGUAUGAUGAUCAGGGGCAAUUCUACCCCUUCUUCAUUUUUACGCUGGCGACCAUCGUCACCGUCCCCCUCACUUACAGCUUGUUGCGACCCAGCAAAGAUGCUGAUGCACUUGCACCCCGAACCAAGACCGACUUCAAGGCUGAGCACCAGGACCUGGUAGACAAGCAACGCGCCGCCCAGAAGCGGAAGCAGCGCAAAGUGAAGCGCUUCGUUGCCGUGCUUAUCGGCUGGGCCCUGAUGGGCUUCAUGCUCUACCUGAUCAUUACGACCCAACGCACCGUAGCCAAGAUCUGGAAUCCGUACGACAUCCUGGGAAUCACUGAGUCUGCAACCGAGAAGCAAAUCAAAACCCAUUACAAGAAGCUAUCUGUCAGACUCCACCCCGACAAGGCCCGACCUGACCCAGCCAAAAAUGAAACGGUUGAGUCGUUGAACGACAAAUACGUCGAAAUCACAAAGGCAUACCAGGCGCUCACCGAUGAGGAGGUGCGCAACAACUACAUCCAAUUUGGCCACCCCGAUGGCAAGCAGAGCUUCAGCAUUGGCAUUGCGCUUCCCAAGUUUAUUAUCUCGGAUGGCAACGGCACAUACGUGGUCCUUGUCUAUGCACUGCUUCUGGGUGUGUUGCUGCCCUAUCUUGUUGGAUCAUGGUGGUAUGGAACACAACGGAUGUCCAAGGAAGGCGUCCUGAUUGAGAGCGCCAACAACCUCUUCCGCGAAUACAAUGACACCAUCGAUGAGGGCGGCCUGAUAACCGCAUUGAGCACAGGAAAGGAAUUCGAGGAACAACUCAAGGGCGACAAGGCCGAGUCUGGCCUUGCCAAGAUCGAAUCCAGAAUUCUAGCAGCGGGCGAGUUAUCACCCUUCGCCGGAGGUCUCCACGUGAAAGACAAGAUAAAGCUUGAGAAUCUCGAUAGCGGUGUCAGGAGAAAGGUAUUGGCGCUUCUGUGGGCCUACCUUGGUCGCGUUGAGCUGGACGAUCCGGCCUUGAACAGUGCCAAGUACAUGGUUGCGCCAAUUGCACAUGCCCUAACCCAGUCAUUUACCGCCAUCUCGCUCGCCUAUGGCAAUACGGUACCCAUCCUGACGUCGUACUUUACGAGCCAGCGCUUGAUUCAAGCACUGCCGCCCAAGGCGUCUCCUCUCUUUCAACUACCCCAUUUUACUCCUGCUGUCGUCAAGGCCAUUGAAGGAGACUCCAAAAUACACACUUCAGUUCAGCAGUUUAUGGACCAGCCCGAUGCGCGGCGACGGAGUCUUGUCGUUGGCAAAGGUCUUUUAACUGAAUCCCAAUACAAAGAGGCCUUGGCUGUCGCAAGACAACUGCCACAACUUCGAGUAGCCAAGGCAUUCUUCAAGGUCACUGGCGAGAAGUUCAUUAUUCCGUCGUCUUUGGUCAGCCUGGUGAUCAAGGGUCGUUUCAUCCCCCCUGGCAGCGUAGAUGCCCCCCCUGUCAAUCUCGACGAUCUUGAGGAUGUCGAUCCAGCUGAGGACGAUCUCAAUGCCUUGAAAAAGGGAGACACGAAGCCCAUCCUCCCGCCCAUCGCCUACGCACCUCGCUUUGCUCGUGACCACUCGCCGAGGUGGUUUGUCUUCCUCACGGACAGCAAGCAGGGUAAGAUGGCAGUCCCGCCUUUCACUUUCGCCACAUUCGAAAAGCCCAUCUUCACUGAGGAUGGAAAGCCGACGUGCAACAUGCAGACCCUCAAGGCCCAGUUUGCGGCACCUCCAGGGCCUGGUCAUUACACUUUCGUCAUGCAUGUCAUUUGCGACAGUUACGUUGGUUUUGAUACCAAGAUGGAGGUUACAUUGGUAGUCGAGGACGCCAGCAAGGCGGCGGCUAUGGACGCGGAGGACGAAAUCAGUGAACCGGACGAAGACUCUAUCGCUGGCCAGAUGAACGCUCUGAAAACUGGCAGCCUGCCAAGAACCGCCAAGCCCAAAAAGAGGAAAGACGAUUCGUCAGAUGAGGAAAGUGCCACAGAUGAAGAGGAGGACGACACGAGUGAUACCAACACUGACACAGAAGACGAAGACGGCGGGAAGUAG